CCCCCAUUUUCAGGGCACCAUAAUGUUUGGGACACAGCAAUGUAAUGUAAAUGAAAGUAGUCAUGUUUAGUAUUUUGUUGCAUAUCCUUUGCAUGCAAUGCUUGAAGUCUGCGAUUCAUGGACCUCCCCAGUUGCUGGGUGUCUUCUCUGGUGAUGCUCUGCCAGGACUAUAUUGCAGCUUAUGCUUUUUAUGAUAGCUAGUCCCUUUGGGGUUUCUCUUCAGUGUAUAUAUAAGGCAUGCUCAAUUGGGUUCAGAUCGGGUGAUUGACUUGGCCACUCAAGAAAUUAACACUUUUUAAUUUUGAAAAACUAAUUUAUAGCUUUAGCUGUAUUUGGGAUCAAUGUCUUGCUGUAGAAUGAACCGCCGGCCAAAUUUUGAGGUUUUUGUUUGAACUUGAGCAGAUAGAAUGUGUCUAUACACUUCAGAAUCCAUUAUGCUACUACCAUCAGCAGUUGUAUCACCAAUGAAGAUGUGAGCCAGUACCUUCAUCAGCCAUACAUACCCAGGCCAUAAAACCCCCACCACCGUGUUUCACAGAUGAGGUGGUAUGCUUUGGAUCUUGGCAGUUCCUUCUCUCCUCCAUACGUUGCUCUUGCCAUCACUCUGACAUAAGUUAAUCUUUGUCAUCUGUCCAUAAGAUGUUUUUCCAGAAAAGUGGUUGUUAUUUUAAGUAUUUCUAGGCAAACUGUAAACUGGCCAUCCUAUUUUGCGGCUAACCAGUGGUUUGCAUCUUGCAGUGUAGCUUCUGUAUUUCUGUUUAUGAAGUCUUCUGCGGACAGUGGUCAUUGACAAAUCCACUCCUGAAGAGUGUUUCUGAUCUGUCGGACAGGUGUUUGGGGAACCGUUAAAUCUCUAGUAGGAAACCAACUGGCUUCGCCAAUGAACGGCGAUAUCGUUGACUUGUAUCAAACAUCUUGCUGUUUUGUCAAUCCGUGGUGUUGAGAGGUCAUCAUUGUCACAUCAUUUGUGCACACCGACUGCCGCCAGUGGAAUUCGUGUCACAACUUUUCCAAAGAUCUGUGGGACAUCGAACCACACCAACCCUUCAAAAAACGGAGUUCCGAUUUAUCGGCCCAUUCUGGCUGUGGUCAGCUAGACACGUGCAGUGGAGUCUAACUCUCACUCGGGUGGAGUCCACUCUAACCCACGUUAUAUCACUAAGCAAAACAGAAAGGGCCGUAGGAACUCAGUGGGUCAGGCAGCAUCUGGGGUGAAUGGACAGGCGGCGCUUCGGGUCGGGACGCGUCUUCAAAGCCUGAGCUUGUUCCGAUACAUCACAAAAUGGGUUACUUCUAAGCUUUGGGCAUCUGGCUUUCAAGGCAAGAGGUGUGAGAGGCAUCACAGCGGAAAGGAGAACUGAGCGCUCCACGUCGAUCUGAAACAUUGGCGGGUUGACUCCUUAUCUCGAUCCUAUCUCCUGUAUCUUAGCCACUUCAUCCUUUCGGGAAUGUAAUUGAAAUGGAGAACUCCAUCAAUAAUCCGUUGUAACUGAUACGAACUAUUUGGCGUGACAUUCCAUUUUUAGUAAAUAGGUCUUUGAACACACAGUUACACAUGGACCGUCUCUUUGGCACGCACGCACACAGUUGUAAUUCACAUUGUCUCCAUAAGGAUGUGUCGUUGACCGGUUCCUCAAACGGAGAGCCCAGGAAUCUACGGUAUUGCAGUCUCGACUGAGACAGACUGAAGGAUUUCGACAGAAGCUCCCGAGAACGGCAGCGUGAAAUGCAGGAGUUCAGCUAGUUUGGUUGCAAUUUUUGCUGGCAUUUUUCAAGACUGAUUCUCCAAGAUAGCUCUGUCGAGUUUGCCGCCUCCAAUGGGAGUCCUCUGCGCGUUCACAUUUCCACAAUGAAAGCGAAUAGUCUGGCGGCACAUUUCAGGAGAAUGCUGCAUAGAUGCAUUAGCAGGCGCGCCGGUCCCAGGAACAAUUAUUGGCGUGGUUGCGGUGGUUUUCAGUACAAAUGGGUUUCCUUGCGACCUCAUUUUUGAGUUUCCAAGCUGCAGCUAUGUGGAAGAAUGAUGCUGUCUUUGUUUGCACAAAAUGUCAUCUGCUGGGUCUAAGUCUCGCUAUAUUGAAACUGAGGUCCAUUUGUCCUGUAUAGAAAUCAGCUCCUGUUUCCUCGUUUCUACCAACGUGUGCACUGCUAAUUAUAUUUAAACCUACAAACGGUAUCGGGAAUUUACGUUAUUGCUUUGAUGAGACUUAAAGCAAAAAAGAAGUGGUGGAAAACAUGCAGCACGUUUCUCUUCUCUUAAUCGGGCUCACUGCAUUUUAUGCCCAUUGUAGACCAACUUUGCAUACUUUCAUACUUCGUUAGUUCCUGGUGCAAGAACAGCUGCCGAACACAAAGGGAAUACAUUGGAUCUUAAAGCGGCCAUCUGUGAGGAUGCAACGGUCCGCAAAACAACCCUAGGUGUUGCGAGCCAAGAUAUGAAAACCUUUCCAACAUGCCAGCGAGCAAAUGCAUUUCGUGAUGUCCAAGGGGAUGGAGCUUCCGAAAAUGGGACGCCUCGGAUUUCUUGCAGUGGUGGUUCUCGAUCUGCUUAUAUUCCACGUGGAUCUAAUCGGAGGGCAGCAGGGUUACCCGACCCUCAACAUCGCCAUCAUUAUGGGCAGAAGCCCCGACAGCACGGGAUUUAAGGAUGUGUGGAUCAAGGAAGAUGCCCCCGACUUUCCCAAUGAUGUCAACGUGGUGAGUGUGGCGGUGAACCAUACCGACCCGAAGAGUAUCAUCACCCACGUGUGCGAUUUGAUGUCGGGCACCAAGAUCCACGGCGUGGUGUUUGGCGAUGACACCGACCAGGAGGCUAUCGCUCAGAUUUUGGAUUUUAUUUCCUCUCAGACUUAUAUCCCCAUCCUGGGAAUUCACGGUGGCUCAUCCAUGAUCAUGGCAGAUAAAGAUCAAAAGUCAACAUUCUUCCAGUUUGGAGCUUCCAUCCAGCAACAGGUUGAAGUGAUGCUUAAUAUCAUGGAAGAAUAUGACUGGCAUGAGUUUUCCAUUGUAACCAGCACCUUCCCUGGAUACCAUGAGUUUAUUAGUAUAUUAAAAUCCACCGUCGAAAAUAGUUUUGUCGGCUGGGACCUUCUAGGCAUCAUCACAUUAGAUGCCGUUGAUGGGGAUUCAAAGGCUCAAAUCCAGUUGAAGAGAAUCCAGUCAUCAGUUAUCCUGCUGUACUGUUCGAAAGACGAAGCUGUUUUCAUACUGGAGGAGGCCCGUUCCCUAGGGCUCACCGGCUUUGGGUUCAUCUGGAUUGUGCCCAGCUUGGUAACGGGUAACACAGACAUCAUACCUGCGGAUUUUCCAGCUGGGCUGAUUUCCGUGUCGUACGAUGAAUGGGACUACUCCAUUACAGAAAGGGUGAUGGAUGCUGUUGGUAUCAUUACCACUGCUGCUACCGCCAUGAUGGAGCAAUUUGGAUACAUCCCUGAAGCCAAAACAAGUUGCUAUGGACAGUUGGAAAGGAAGGUCCUUCCAUUGUUUUCCUUGCACAAGUUCAUGAUGAAUGUAUCCUGGAAUGGCCGAGAUCUCUCCUUCACUCGGGAUGGAUACCAGUUGAACCCAAAGCUAGUGGUGAUAGUACUGAACAAAGAACGGACAUGGGAAAAGGUUGGGAAAUGGGAGAACCGUAGACUGACUCUCAAACAUCCCGUGUGGCCGAGAUUUAAUUCUUAUGCAGACGAAGAAGCGGAUGACAGCCACCUUAGUAUUGUAACACUAGAGGAAAGCCCCUUUGUGAUUGUGGAGGAUGUGGACAAGCUUACUGGAACUUGUGCAAGAAGUAAUGUCCCAUGUAGGAAAAAUAUGGCUAUCAAUUCGACUGGCAAGGGGCUGUACAUGAAGAAAUGCUGCAAAGGAUUUUGCAUUGAUAUUUUGAAAAAACUUGCAAAGACUGUGAAAUUCACAUAUGACCUGUACCUGGUGUCAAAUGGGAAGCACGGCAAAAAAAUCAACGGUGUAUGGAAUGGAAUGGUUGGUGAUGUGUUACAUCGACGAGCAGAGAUGGCUGUUGGCUCACUUACGAUUAACGAAGAGAGAUCUGAAGUUGUGGACUUCUCGGUGCCCUUUGUGGAAACAGGGAUCAGUGUGAUGGUGUCUCGGAGCAAUGGCACAGUUUCCCCCUCCGCAUUCUUAGAGCCCUUCAGUGCAGCCGUCUGGGUCAUGAUGUUCGUUACACUCCUUAUCGUGUCAGCCAUAGCAGUGUUUGCUUUUGAGUACUUUAGCCCUCUUGGGUAUAACAGAAAUUUGGCAAGAGGAAGGGCUCCACAUGGCCCCUCCUUUACAAUAGGCAAAGCAAUUUGGCUCCUUUGGGGCUUGGUUUUCAACAACUCCGUGCCGGUCCAGAAUCCGAAGGGAACAACGAGUAAAAUCAUUGUGUCCGUGUGGGCCUUCUUUGCUGUAAUAUUCCUUGCAAGCUACACUGCUAAUUUGGCUGCUUUUAUGAUCCAGGAAGAGUUCGUUGACCAAGUGACUGGGCUCAGUGACAAAAAGUUUCAGAGGCCUAAUGACCAUUCACCACCAUUUCGAUUUGGGACAGUUCCGAAUGGAAGCACAGAAAGAAACAUCAGAAACAACUAUCCAGAUAUGCAUGCUUAUAUGUCUAAAUUCAACCAGAAAGGAGUGCUCGAUGCCCUGAUUAGCCUGAAAACUGGAAAGUUGGAUGCGUUCAUUUAUGAUGCAGCAGUGCUGAAUUACAUGGCUGGGAGAGAUGAAGGUUGCAAGCUGGUCACGAUCGGCAGUGGAUAUGUGUUCUCUACCACCGGCUAUGGGAUAGCUUUGCAGAAAAGCUCGCCCUGGAAGCGGCAGAUUGACUUGGCCCUCCUCCAAUUUGUCGGUGACGGUGAAAUGGAAGAGCUGGAGAGCUUGUGGCUAACUGGCAUCUGUCACAAUGAGAAGAAUGAAGUGAUGAGCAGCCAGUUGGAUGUUGAUAACAUGGCGGGCGUGUUUUACAUGUUGGCCGCUGCCAUGACACUGAGUCUGAUCACCUUUGUGUGGGAGCAUUGGUUCUACUGGAGCCUGAGGCACUGUUUCAUGGGCACUUGUACCGGGAAACCAGGACUCCUCUUCUCCAUCAGCAGGGGAAUAUGGAGCUGCAUACAUGGUGUGUCCAACGAGGAGAAGAAGAAGUCUCCCGACCUGGAUUUAAACAGUCCGCAAACAAAUAUAUUGAGGCUGUUUAAUACAGCAAAACCAAUGGCCAAUAUAUCAAACCUUAACGCUUCAAGAGCAAACUCGCCAAAAAUAACUUCCAAUUUCAUUCAGAGAGGAUCACUAAUACUGGAUGUGGUUGAUCAAAAGGGGAAUUUCCUGUAUUCUGGCAACAGGCCCUACCAACCCAAGGAAGGGAGCCUCAAUGACACCACCAGUGAAAUGUUAACCUUCAACGUGACCCGUCAGAAAGACAACCGCAAUAAUUAUAUCCUCCAAGGGCAGCAUCCGUUGACUCUGAACGAAGCAAAUCCAAACAGCGUUGAGGUUACAGUAAGCUCAGAGACUCCAAAACUCAACUCCAGGCCCAGGCAGUUAUGGAAAAAGUCUGUUGAAACCUUGCGGCAGAAUCCGGCAACAGUGGUGGAAAGUGUCAAUGUCGAGCCCAAGCAACCUGUGAAAAACCAGAGGUACCUACCGGAAGAAGUGGGGCAUUCGGACAUGUCCGACUGCUCCAGCCGUACUGCUUCCCACAAGGACCCUGAUAACAACCAAAAACACCACAAGCAUAAGGAAACCUUCAAAAAGAAAUCUAUGAUGGCCAAAUAUCCUCGAGAUUGCAGUGAGAUAGAACUCUCCUACCUUAAAGCUAAAGAAGGGCAUCAACACCAUCGUGAGAAAGUCUACACCAUUGAUUCUGACAGGGAGUCCAAUUAUCACUCAGAUCACCAUCAUUACUGCGAAGAUGUGGCAAUUCCUGAGGACUUGGACUACCCUCCAGUGUACCACGAUCAGAACGAAAACUACAGGAAACAGGAAGCGGUCCUGCACCUAAAUAGGACUCCUCAGCAUAACGAGGACAGUCUUACCAAUGCUGAGAACAAAUACAGCCUGUACAAUAAGCACUACAGCUUGAAGGAGAAAAAUAUCUCCCCAGUAGAGUACGGUGAUAGGUACAAGCAGCCCACUGCACACUGCAGAAGCUGCCUUUCCAAGCUGCCUAACUAUACCACACACUAUUCGGUUAGGUCUCCGUACAACAGGUGCGACGCCUGUGUACACACAGCCAACUUGUAUGACAUCAGUGAGGACCACAUGUUACAAGAGCCAGUAAGCCCCAUGUGCCCUGAAGAAUCCUUUGCCCAUCACUGGGCACCUUCCGAUGUCUCGAACAUGCAGAGAGUGAACAGGCUGAGGAUUAGCAGGCAGCACUCCUUUGACAAUAUCCUUGAGAAGCCUAAGGAAAUGGAUCUGGGAAGACCUGCCCGCAGUGUGAGCCUGAAAGAAAAGGACAGAUUUCAGGAUGACCCUUAUGAACAGGUGUUCAAUAUUAAACCAGAAAAGUUCUUUAGCACAAAGGUUUCUGUUUUUGACCACAAUCUGGAAGAAAGCAAGCGGAGUAAGUCAUUGUAUCCAGAACACGCCUCUGACAAUCCAUUCUGGCACUCCUAUCGUGAAGAUCAGCAUCUGGUCCAUGGACGAAGAUCUUCUGACAUAUAUAAACAGUCGGCUGCAUCAAAGGCACGCUACGAUAAUCACUUUAGAUCAUCUGUUAAGUCGACAACAUCAUACUGCUCCAGAGAUGAACGAGUUCCUAAUGAUGUGUACAUAUCAGAACAUAUUAUGCCUUAUGUAUCAAGCAGGAAUAGUAUAUACUGUGCUCCCAGGGUUUUGAAUUCUUCCAGCAAUAGACGUGUCUACAAAAAAAUUCCUAGUAUUGAAUCAGAUGUUUGACUCAUCAUUUGUUUGUCUAAUCUAUGUUAAUGCUAUUCAUUUGUUGUAGCUAAUGAUGUACAUAGUUGCCAACAUAUUGAAGUAGGAACUUAGGAGACAUUAAGGGGCAGCUUUGCCAGAUAGUCGUUGCUAACAUUGUCUUCUUUCUCCUAUUUUCUGAUAGAUAGGGCUGACUGGCCUUUCCUACUAUCUGAUGGCAAAGGAGCAACAGAAAAGAGAUACAUGUUGAUGAUCAUACCAACUGGUUAGCUUUGCUGCAAGUGAAGACUACAUAGAAUGACCUAGUGGAAUUAUUGCCUCCCUUUUACGGCGCAUUAAUCUAUAAGAGACCACACUAGGCAGUCCUUUGAAUCUUAGGAGAACACUGGUUCUGUAAAAUAAGCAAGAAAUAGAUGACAAGCUCAAUAUUACUAUGUAAAUGUAGGGAGUUGGCAACUAUGCUAUUAUAUGUACUCCAGAUCUGUGAUUGCUGAAAUCUUUAAAUUCAACUGUUUCCCAAAGUGAAACCCUGAGCUAAAGCAGCUAAUGGCAUCCUUUAGAAACACUGAGAUCAAAUGGGUCCUCUAGUAGAGUCAUCAUCUUUUUUCUUUGGAAAAUAAUAAAAAUCCUGAGUGCAUAGCUCAUCUUGUACAGCCAACCUUUGCGAUUGCGCAAACCCACCCUCGGAAAUACGGCCUGAUGAGCAUCAGUCAGACACAGUACCACGAGGAUCCCAAUGUUUAGCCUCUUAUUCCUACAACACUAUGAGAGUCAGCACAUUGAGUAACAGUGCUACAGCCGUAAUAUUUUGAGCCUUGUUUUCUAUUGUUCUAUCCAGUAAUUUGUUCCAUCCUUUGUUCAAGUUUGUUCACUUGAAGAAGUCAUGGACCAGCAGUCCAACAAAGACAUGGAAAUAUUAACCGCAGGGGAGCAACAGAAAUUUGCUAAUAAAAUGCAUGGCAUGAGAGUUCAGGGAUUUUGCACUUCUGAACAUUAUAGAUUUUAAUAAAUCCUGGUAGUUGCAAAAUGUAAUUUAUAUGCUGUUAGCUUGGGGAUUCACUUCAACCGAAAUCUUUAACUCUCCCCAGAUUUGAUAGACAUCCAAACAUGAAUUGUGAACGAAUCUGAUAGUCCAUCUCUUUGCAGUAUAUUCCCAUUGUAUUGUAUAUUUAUCAUGUACACUUGAACUGAUUAUUUUGAAUAUGGAAACAGGGGUAUAGCAUUUGCCUCUCUGGGCAACAAACAUUAGAAUGUCACCAUUAUAAAAAAAGAACAUAUAAUUAUUUUAAGAAAAUAGUAUACAUAAGUAUCUUCAGUUAACUCUAGAUUUCUACCAGUGCUGAAUUUUGCUGCUUGAUAAGUAAAAUAUGCCACGGCUUUGAAUAAAAACUUCCAUAACUACCAGCACACACUGGGUAUUUUGUAUGUUGAAAUGGUUGGAACUUAUGACUUUGUAUCAGUGGUAUGCUUAAAUUAGCAACAACAAAAAAAACACAUUUGGCCACUGAAUAUAUCCAUUUAAGGCUUAGAUGUGUUUUGUUAUAUGAUGUUUUUCACAAUAUCAUGCAAAUGGCAUAGCAUAAACAAAGAUGUUUUCAGCAAAAACGGUAUUUCAGAAAGUUGCCCCCUAUUACAUCCCAAAAAGGCCACAUUUUACUCUGAGGUUUGUAUCUAAGUAUAUCAGAAGAACGUCCCAUUAAAAUGAUAAUUGGAAAUACAGCGUACUAUGUUGUUUAAACUUGUGAUAAACUUGCAAGAACACAACAGUGCAGUUGAUUAACUUUUCCCUUGAUACAAAUGUUGUUUUACUACAGGGAAUCAGGGAAACCUAGGUAAUGGCAGCUCAGUGUGCUAAGCAUGGACGUCUUAAGAGCAAAAUUAACUCACUGAAAAUAACAUUAACAUUUCUUGAAGCUGACAUAUCAAAAAAAAUGAAGUCAGGAAAAACAAUUAAAUGAUAUUCUACAAUUCUUGGAAAUGCUAGUGGGAAUGCAGCAAUCUCCGUUAAAUAAAGGUUUUAGCAAUAUUAGUUCCAGCCUUGCAAUUUAGUUUUAAUGGUCAUUAAUUGGAGUCACUGGUGCUUAGUGGGAUGGUCACAUUGAAUGGUUACUGCUGAGAAAUUCAUUGUUCGGUGAAUGCAGAGUCUUCCUCCAGAAAACAGAUCACGUGUUUACACUAAACGAUCAUUCAGUAAUGCUAUGAUAGAAUUUCAAAGCUCUAUUAAAGAUUUAAAUUUAAUUCUAGUACAUUCCUAUUGUGUUUUCUCUUUAACCAGAUCUGUGAGGGUUGUUGAAAGGAAGGGGAGAGAAACAUUUCAAUGCUUUUUAACGCAAUACUGCUUCACACUCAUUUCAAUAUAAUUUCCAGCAAUAAUAUCAAUUCUGUUGAGAGACAAAAUAGUAAGCUUCAUUAAAAGUCAAAUACCUCCUCUAUCCCAACAUGGCAACCUUUCUGGCAAACUGAUCCGCUUCUGAAACUUGCAACGUGUCGAUCGUUUUAAUAUGCAGACUGCAGGCAUACAUAGAGUAUCAUUUAAUAUUGCCUUGUGCAUGCUAAGAAUACUUCCAAUUGUUCGGGGGUUGUGUCACUUUUAACUUGUUACAUAAGGAAUAGUCUCAUUUUGUGAUCACAAUUAUUUUGACAUUCCCAAGAAACCUCUUUCAACUUGUAAUAACAUAGUAAAAUAGGUUGUACUUCUUUAAUUAAUAUUGUUUCACCAUAGGAUCUAUCUUAGCCUCAGUCUCUUAAACUAAUGAUGAUGGAAUCAUUCAUUUUCCUUUUGAAACUGCUGGUUUUUAUAAAAACUCUGUUUUUUAAUGAUAUUCUUUUGUAAUAAAAUAAACUAGUGUAGAACGACUUACAUUACUGAAGAAUAUCUUGAACAGUUGCCAGAUUACUCAAGAAAAGUUCGCCUUCUACCAAAAUAUGUGUAAAUUGAUUACCAUGCAGAGAUAAAGAAAAGCCUUUCAAAAGUUUGAUUAUUUUACCAUUAACUAGACACUUUUUAUAUUUCAUAUUUCAGCUGUAAAUUGCAAUAAGCUUGAUCUUUAUAUAACUGUAUUAUAGUAAUGAAUGUGAAAAAUAGUUACUAAAAUUAUAGACCAUCAUUUACGUAACCGAUUAAACAAAGCCAACACUUUGGUAAUUAGUGCAGUUAUGAGCGUAACGAGAUAGCGCACAUUUCCACCACUGGAACCAAUUAGUAGUUUCUCAUCCCAAUCCAUGUCCAUUAAUGCUGGAUCUUUGUUAUACACAAGUCACAACGGUAGAUUGCAAUAGAUAUUUAGCUGAAGAAUAUUAAUUGCUUUUAUUAUUAUUUCCCAUAGCGUAUUUCCUUCUUUAGCAUAGAAUGAUUUCUUAUGUUAGAGGAGCAACAUGAUAUUGUGGAAAUUUCAAUGCCGCACACACAGCAGGUUUAAUUCAGGUACAAUGGUGAUUGGCAAUAUUUCAGUUCCCGCUUUGCAAAAUUAAUUUUCUAAAUCAAACAAAUUAGGCUAUAACUUAACUCAGUCUGAAACAUAUUACCUUUUUUAUGGCCAUGUGUGUUUCUUUCUUAAUUUGUAACUGCUUUGUGUUCUAAUUGUCCAUAAUAUUUCUCUUGAAAUGAAAAGAUUUUACAUUAUCUGGAAAUAAAGCAAGUUUGAUGUGGGUGACAGCUAUGAAAGUGACAUAUUUCAGAUAGCAUUAGUGGGGAUGUCACAAAAAACAAUUCAGCAAGAUAUUUGGCAAGGACUAAGCAUAAAGGAUUAUAAGAUGUAUAUUUUGCUAGACAGAGCGAAUUCAAGCUAGUAACCAAAUGUUUGGGUCUGAAAUGUUAUUUGGCUGUGUGCAUGUUGUCCUUAACCAUAAAAUAUAUGUCAUGCUUAUCCAGUUUACAUUCAUGUGCAACUUGGGCGUAAAAUCAUUGGACACACAUUUUGCCUCACUAAUCAUUCACAAGGAUAUUCAGUUUAAUUAAUGAUUGGUACUAAAGUAAUUUGAUUCCUGCCUACUCCAUUAGAUGAGAAAAUACUAAUUAUUACUUUGUGACAGUAUAGAUUUCAAACAUAUCCGCUAUCGAAGUCUGUAUUUACAUUUGUUUUGAUCUUUAUAUGAACUCUAACUGUAAUAUUUGCCAAGGUUGUCUUUAAAACUGUAAUAUGUGUUUUAUUUUCAUUGUAGAUGUGUAGAAAUUACAAUUGGAAUGGAUUUAGAAUGUUCAAAGUGUUUACUGCAACAACAUUUGAUGUAAAUAGGUUGUCAAUUGUGCCAGAAAAUCCGAUGUAAAAAUGUAAAUAAGUAAAAGUACCAUUUUUCUAAGGAAGACUAUUUCUGCCACUUUAUAUCAAAAUUAAAACUAUAGUC